GCAACUGUAAACGUAUAUCUCUGGUUAGGGAACUCCACAAAUAAGCGACUCUCGGCUCUCCAAGAUCAGUUCUCCACGGGCUUUCAACGUGAUCGGUCGCCAACGAAUCUAAAAAUAUCUUUCGAAAAAAAGGAAAAAAAGUUUAAAUUGUGACCCACAUUGAAAGCUGUGAAUAUGUCAACCGUACAGACCGUUCUGGGCACUAUAACCCCAAAUUUGUUGGGGCGAACUUUGACCCACGAGCAUGUGGCCCUCGAUUUCGAGCACUUCUACCGCCCGCCGCCUCCGGAUUUCGAGAGCGAGCUGAAGGCCAAGAUCAGCAUGUCCACCCUGGGAUAUGUUCGCCUUUAUCCGUAUUCCAGUAAGGAGAAUGUCCGCUUUUACGAUGGCGAUGCUCUGGAGGCGGCCAAAAAAGAUGUGCUGCUCUACAAGAAACACGGCGGUGGCAGCAUUGUGGAAAACAGCAGUUAUGGCCUUAAACGCAAUCUGGAGUUCAUUGUGGAAUUGGCCAAGAGCACGGGUGUGCAUUUCAUCGCGGGUACAGGUCACUACAUCCAUGCCAUGCAGGAUGCCACACAUGCCAGCUUAACUGUGGAGCAGAUGAGUAGUUUGUACUCCAAGGAUAUCAUCACUGGUUUGGAGGUCAAUGGAAAGAUGGUCAAGUGUGGAUUUAUUGGGGAGGUGGCUAGCGUUUAUCCCAUUCAUGAUUUUGAGAAGAAUGCCAUAAAGGCCGCAGGAGAAAUCCAGGAAGUUCUGGGCUGCGGUGUUUCCAUGCAUCCUCACCGAGUAACCAAAGCUCCUUUCGAAAUCAUGCGUCUUUAUUUGGAGGCAGGAGGACGUGCCGAUAAGUGUGUUAUGUCCCAUUUGGACCGAACCAUUUUCGACAUCGAUGAGCUGCUGGAGUUUGCCAAGCUGGGCUGCUACAUCCAGUACGAUCUCUUUGGCACCGAAUGCUCCUUCUACCAGCUGAACACCAGUGUGGACAUGAUCUCCGAUGGCCAACGAAUCGACAACCUGAUAAAGCUCAUUAACGAGGGUUUGGUGGACAAGCUGCUCAUGUCCCACGACAUCCACACAAAACAUCGAUUGACAUCCUACGGCGGUCAUGGCUAUCACCACAUCCACACCAACAUAUUGCCGCGGAUGUUCGGGCGCGGAGUUACUGUGGAGCAGGUGGAGCAGAUGACUGUCACAAACCCGGCAAACUGGCUGGCCUUCAACCCCUAGAGCCAUGUUUUUAUUUGGUAGCAUCUUUAACCUGUUUAUUAUUUUAUUCGCCGUUGAUAAGAUUAGAUUUGCGAUUUUGGCAAUAAUAAUUGGGCGUGCCUACAAA